AUGGCUUUGAAUACGGACUUCAACGCACUAAAAGCCCGGACUAUGGGGUCUGGUGCUGAUGAAGAAGCAGUAACGGUUGAUACACGAGGCUUGAUCUCCAAAGUUCUCGCUCGGUAUUCUGGAAAAUGGACCGUCCUACGUGAAAUGAUCCAGAACGCCGCCGAUGCUUCCGCGACCAAAGUGACCAUUAAAUUCGAGACCUUACCCUCCACGAUAGUCCCAACUCCAUCGACGACAGACCCGACAGCCCUCUUAAAACACACGAUAUCCAACCAUACCCUUCGUCGUCUUCUAAUCUCAAAUAAUGGUCUCCCAUUUAGCGAGAAGGACUGGGCUAGGUUGAAGCGCAUUGCCGAUGGAAACCCGGACGAAACAAAGAUUGGCGCAUUUGGUGUUGGCUUCUACAGUGUAUUUGAUGACUGUGAAGAACCAUUUGUAUCCUCGGGCAGUCAGGCCAUGGCCUUUUAUUGGAAGGGCAAUGCUCUGUUCACCCGUCGCUUAGACCUGGGUGAAACCCCAUCCCGAGACACGACCUUUGUGCUGGACUACCGCAAUGAUUCUUCGCCGAUUCCUUCCUUGAUGCAAUUGUGUCAAUUUUUGUCGAGCAGUCUGACAUUUGUUGCCUUGGAAGAGAUCGAGUUGUGGCUAGAUGAUUGGAAUUUGCUUAAGCUGUCGAAGAAGACAGCACCUGGCGUCAAUGUUCCAAUUCCCAGGGAUGUCGAAACAAAAACGAACGAAGGCCUGAUGAAGGUUACCGGCAUCACCCAAGAAAUUGCACAAGUUGAUGCGGCAUGGAUGCGAAUCGUGGAGUGGAAUCCUAAUGCAAGCAUGUUCCGCUUGGACAACCUUCGAGAUACCACGAGCUCCCUGCGCAGCUUCUUCUCCAAGUUUACUGGUCAAAGUGGACCUGAGAAGCUUCCAAGUACUCAGCAAGCAGAGAAAAUCGACGAGACAGCCAAUAUGUCCAUCAUGUCUAGGGCGACUGUGUUCCUACAUAUCAAUACUGCGUCUAUCCAGCCUUCAAUUACAACCUCUCUCGCCAAGGAACUUGAACGGGCCACGAGGAAGCCGCCUCCAAAGAGAGCAACCAUUGCCAUAUUGACACCGUCUUACGAUGCCAACAUCGCGACGGGCGCAUCUGAGUCGCAGUCAGAGAUCCUUGCCUCGAUUCUACCCACCAAAGCUGGCAGGAUAUUCAUCGGCUUCCCCACGCAACAAACCACCGGCCUCCAUGCUCAUGUGUCAGCACCAUCAGUCAUCCCUACGGUGGAGCGUGAAAGCAUUGAUCUCAAUACCCGUUACAUCAGCAAGUGGAAUCUUGAGAUGCUCCGGGCUGUUGGCAUUGUUUGUCGGAUCGCCUGGUCUGCGGAGAUGAGUACCAUCAAAUCCAAGCUUGCCGCCAAAGUCGGCUCAACACGUGCUUCGAAGAUUCGAAAAGAGGACAUUGUGGACGUCCUCCCCGAGGCUAUCCACACUGCAAAUCAAUUUGUCUUUCGCGAGUCUACGCCUUCGUCUGUUCUCGGGCAGACAAUCGAGGAUGCAUUCUGGAUGUGCAAUAAGAAUGCUUCUAUAGAAGUGCUUUCUACGUGCGGCGUGAUUCCCAGUCACCAAACGCGCAUUGCUCCCAAGGAGCUUAGUUUCAUGGAUUCGAUUCCAGCCUUGCCCGAUGAACUUGUGCUCAAUGCCAAAGACUUUGUCCAAAGGCUAACAGACUUUGGAUUAGUUACAGAAAUCACCGUUUCUGAUAUCAAACGUGAAUUGGAGUCCAACACGUUACGACCUAAUCAGAUUAUGGAGUUCUUAUCAUGGCUUGGCCGCAAGGCCGUUAGCGGACAACUCGACGGCAUGUCCGUGAAGAGUCUAUUGCGAGUUGCAGUGGCGAAUAAUGAUGAUAAAGAAGGGCGUCCGACCCGUUUGAUCGUGUUUGCCGACAUUGUUGGGUUCUUGAAUCCUCAUCGCAUUCCAGCUGAUCUGCCCGUGCCACCUUCGGUGAUGCCCUUCCAAUUCACCAAAUCCCUGAGUAAAUCGGAGCUCGAGGCCCUAGGCUGGGUGGAGCUCCAAAUUGUCCCCUGGCUCCGAUGGCUCGUUACGAAUGCCGGUGAUGAAAGUCUCCUUGAGAAGGAGCAAAACAUCAUGAAAAACCCUGCAUUUGCCGGACAGGUCUUGCCUGUGCUGUCCAAGGGGUGGGAGAUUCUGAGCUCUUCUUCACGGCAAGCAGUCAUUGAUGUUCUGCAACCGCAAACUGUGAUUCCGACCAAACUCGGUAUGAAACAGCCGACGCAGACAUAUUUCGCCUCUGUUCGACUUUUUGAUGACUUACCAGUCGUUCACAGCCUCAACGGUGUAAAGGAGAAAUUCUUGGUUGCUCUUGGAGUUCGCAAGACCGUUGAGCUCGGUGUCAUUUUUGAUCGCCUGAUCAAUACACCGGAAGCUGUGGACGCGAAAGGGCCUCCAGCCAGGAGAUGGAACCACGUGGAUCUCAUCCGCUACCUCACCUCUGUACGAGAGGACAUUCCUGCCAAUGAUAUCCAGAGACUCAAAAACACAAGCAUUUGCACUGCUGAAAAUGAUGCUCAAAGCCGAGGCACUCGCUAUAAGAUUGCUGAGCUGUAUGAGCCGAAAGACUCACUCCGUGCACUGGGCCUACCUGUCAUCGAAUGGCCGGGCAUCUACAACAAUGCAAGCAAUGAGGGCAAAUUCCUCACCAUGAUGGGGUUGAAGAGCUAUCCGUCUGGGUCUGAACUCAUCCGGCUUAUGGUGAUGAGCGAUUCUGAGAAGGAUGCUAGUCGAAAGAGCAAGGCACUGGCUUACUUCCUCAACGAGUACCACACAAAUGGAUAUGCCGCGUUUGAUAUCAAUGCGGUCACGGUGCCGUUCCUCCCAGUUGAGGGCUCGGACAGUCUCAGCACACCAAAGAGAUGCUUCACUGAUGAAGGCAGGGUAUCUGACCUCAGUCCCAAAGAUACUGAGCGAGUUGGAAAUACACCCAUCAUUCCUGUUGCCAUUCACAGCCUGUCAGAAAAGGGUCCUCGUACUCGUCUCGUUGCACCCCGACUGUGCUAUCUCGGUGACGGCGAAGACUACAAGGAUGUUUUCGACUUUGUGGACUUUGGACAGGAAGCUAAUCUUUUCCUUAUGGCCGUGGGCUCGAGGAGAGAGCCGACCAAGAAUGAGAUUGCUCGCAUGCUCGUGAAAGAACCCGCUCGUAUCUCUGCUGCAUUUCAAAGCUCUGACAAAUAUUUGAUGCUUUUGCGGACUCUGGCCGAGCACCUCCCCGUCCUUAAGAAGGACCGGGAGCUUUUCAGUGAUAUGAAGAGGGCCAAGUUUCUGCUAGCCAGUCGGGACAUCCCGCCUACUCAGAGUGGUAAAGCUAAGGUCAGCGAGAAGGAUACCGCAGACGCGGACGAAGAUUUGGAUAUCCGUGAAUGGAGUCUCUCGGCUGCGAAGGAUGUCGUCGUUGUUGAUGACUUCCAGAGCUUCAAUCUUUUCAAAGAGCACAUCUUUGCUGCACCCCAGGAGGAAGCUUUGGAGAACUUCUACGUGGCCCUGGGCGCUGUUCCCCUGAGCAGUCUUGUUGAGGAACAAGCGCGAUUUGGUGGCGUGGCCGCUGACCAGAGCUCGGGCGCCAAGUUGCACAAAGUGAUCCUCGAACGCGCACGGCUGUUCUUACACGACCAGCCCGCCGACUCGAUUCAGCAUGGCGCCAGAUGGUUGGAGACGAGUUUUGUGGUGCAAGUGGUCAAUUCCAUCACGCUGACACGUUCAUUGAAGGGUCGGAGGGCAUCUCAUACCCAGAAGCGAAGUGCCAUUGUUGCAAGACUGUCUAGCAACUGUGGGUUGUGCAUUUGCCCAGGCAAGUAUGAUCUUUAUGAGAUCAGUCAAUCACUAGUUCAUCUGAUCCUCAAGCGGCCCAAGCUCCAUUCCACGCUGACCUUGGAGAUGCUGUUGAAGACCGAUCUUUUGGAGCUCCGUGCUCGUGGUUACAAUGUGGAGCGUAUUCUCCGGCAAAAGGCGCAUGAAGCCCGGAUGGCCGAGGAUAAACGCCAGAAGCAGCUGGAAGAGGACAGGCGGGCCUUGAAAGAAAAGGAAGCGGCAUGGGCUGAGGCUCAAGCACAGCGAGCUCAAGAAGAGACGCCUGAGCCAAAGCCGCAGACCCCUAUGCCUGGCGUCUUCCCCGAGUCACCUAAUGCUAAAUCCUUGGUGGAUGAAGCCCAAGCAACACCUGCUGGAUCUGCUAUUCCCGAGCGGACUCCUCGUGGGAUAUUUGCGAAUCUGUCAAAACGAUUCGGCCUGGACAAGAACCAAUCUUCUUUGACGUCAGAGCAGUCACAGUCUCUACUCCCCGAGUCUUCUACGCCUCCUCCUCCACCACCACCGCCUUAUUCCGCCUCAGAUCCUCAGAACAAACGUCCUGAACAACCAGUAUCCGUCAGUUCUCCGCACCGAUUGAACCAGGAACUUCUUUCCGCGGUCCAGGCCUGUCGACCUCAUGGUUCGUCCGACGUGUACAGCCGACCCGAGACGAAUCAAAUCUCAGAAAGCAAGUCUUAUUGCGAUGAGCGACCGAGUCACGAUCUGGAAUUCGUUGCUACUCUCCCCAGCGGCGUCAAUGUAUUGUUUGUGCGGACCAUCACCGAUCGGUCUGCCUUCCUCGCAAACAACAGAACCGGUAUCAACCUAUUCGCAUCGAUUCUUCUGGAUUGCGGCUCCAUCUUCUCAAUGCGUGCUGACAGCUUGAGUAUCUUCUAUGAUCCUGGUGGCAAGACUAUUGCUUUCAACCGAGCGGGCAGCAUCUUCUGUAACUACUUCUACUUCCAGCAGUUGCAGGAGCCAGCCCUCCUCCAGAGCGCGACUCCCGACCGUACUGAUGCGAUUGUCUACUGGUGGGUGAUUCUGUGUCACGAAUUGGCCCACAAUCUUGUUGGCGAUCAUAGCUCUGCGCAUAGCUACUAUACCGAGGGCUUUGUGGCCCAGUAUUUCCCCAGAGUGGCGGCCAAGCUCGCCACGCUUUCUCAGCGGCAGCAGCAGCAGCAGUAG